AUGUCGGAAAAGACUACGCCGCAGGGCCCUUUCCACCCCGCAGACCCAUCGUCAGCAGCGAGCGGCGAGGCCGCGGCGGCGCGGGCCACGUCCGCCGCCGACGCGUGGAAGCCCAGCUUCGACAGGCGCCAGAGCUGGAGCAAGGAGGACCAGAAGCACGCCCUGCAGAUGAGGGCCGUCGAGGGCGUCAAGACGGGGCUCGGGUUCACCGAGAAGACGUCCUAA